AUGGCUCCUACUAAAGUUGGUAUCAACGGUUUCGGACGUAUCGGACGUAUCGUCUUCAGAAAUGCUAUUGAGCAUGAUGACAUUGACAUCGUCGCUGUCAACGAUCCUUUUAUCGAGACUGAAUAUGCCGCAUACAUGUUGAAGUAUGAUUCCACCCACGGUCAAUUCAAGGGUGAUAUCAAGGUCCUUUCCGAUGGAUUGGAGGUCAAUGGCAAGAAGGUCAAGUUCUACACUGAGAGAGACCCAGCCAACAUCCCAUGGGCUGAGUCUGAGGCAUACUACGUUGUCGAGUCCACCGGUGUUUUCACCACCACCGAGAAGGCUAAGGCACAUUUGAAGGGUGGUGCCAAGAAGGUUGUUAUCUCUGCUCCUUCUGCCGAUGCCCCAAUGUACGUUAUGGGUGUCAACAACGAGACCUACAAGGGUGAUGUUGAUGUUAUCUCCAACGCCUCUUGCACAACCAACUGCUUGGCUCCUCUCGCCAAGGUCAUCAACGAUGAGUUCACCAUCAUUGAGGGUUUGAUGACCACCAUCCACUCCUACACCGCCACCCAAAAGACCGUCGAUGGUCCAUCCGCUAAGGAUUGGCGUGGAGGACGUACCGCUGCUCAAAACAUCAUCCCAUCGAGCACCGGUGCUGCCAAGGCCGUCGGAAAGGUCAUCCCAGAGCUUAACGGCAAACUCACCGGAAUGUCCAUGCGUGUUCCAACUGCCAACGUCUCAGUUGUUGACUUGACUGUCCGCAUUGAGAAGGGUGCUUCUUACGACGAGAUCAAGGCCGUCAUCAAGAAGGCUGCUGAUGGUCCUCUCAAGGGCAUAUUGGCUUACACCGAGGACGAUGUUGUCUCUACUGACAUGAACGGUGACAACCACUCCUCCAUCUUCGAUGCCAAGGCUGGUAUCUCCCUCAACGCAAACUUCGUCAAGUUGGUUUCCUGGUACGACAACGAGUGGGGUUACUCUCGUCGUGUCCUUGAUCUCCUCCACUACAUCUCCAAGGUUGAUAACAAGCAGUAGGAGAUUUUUGCUCAGUGUUUAGGAAGUAGUGAAGACUCUGACCACUAUUUGGCAGAGAAUUCUUGAAAGGCAAGCUCUGAUACCAUGUCAGAUGCCAAAUUUCAUUAAAAUGAAUAGUUAUUACCGAGUAACGAUGAAUGCCUUAUGAUAGCGUUAAGAAUGAAAACAAGCUCAAGAACAUAA